AAUAGGGUGGAGUGAGGCGGUGGUGGUGGUUGCGGCAGUGGUGGUGGUGGUGGUGACUGGCGGGUUGUUUACAUGAUGGCGGCGGGCCGUGUGUCGUGUGGCCUCGAGUACCCCAUCGUGCACGAGCUGAGCCAUGCCUUGCAGGAGUCCUCCAAGUCAGGAUAUGACUUCAUAUCCGUUCCCCUCGCCCACCCUCGCUUCACACGGGAGCAUGUGGAAGGCAAGGCCAAGGCGAGGCAAGGAGCCUUCACACGGUCAGACCUUCUCCUCAGCAGUUCAGAAUGGAACAGUCUGAUUGUUGGCAAGCUAACAAUGGCCUCCAUCCUGAACCUAGAGUCUCCUGUCAACAGCCUCCGCAUGAACAGUGAAGAAACUCUCAAUCAGGAACUAACUUUUGCCGCACACUUGGGUUUGCCGGCCAUCACUUUCUCCCUCACGUCAGACAGAUGCACCAACAUUGCCAGAAUACUUCACAACAAGGUGGUCCAAGGGGUUUGCUAUCAGGUGUGGGUGAGGGUUCCUAUGCAGGCACCAGAGGAGGCAGCAUCUCAGUACCGUUCAGACAGGAAGCAGAGUGCGGAUGGAUUUGAAAUAGACACAUGGACCUGGUGGAACAAGUUCCACAGUGUAGCCAAUAUUCAGAAAAAGAUUGGCCUGACAUUAGAGAUUUCUGCUGACCUUCCAGAACAGUGUGUCAUUGACAGGUGGUUAGGUGAGCCAGUAAGAAGUGCUGUGCUGCCCACAUCCAUCUGGCUCAGUAACAAAAAAGGCUUCCCAGUGCUGUCUAGAGCUCACCAGCAGCUAGUCAAGUCACUGGUGAAGCUUCAUGCUCAGUUCAUCAUCACAGGCCCUCUCAGACACCAGCACUACAAGUUUUACCAGCAAUACCUUGACUACAUUACGAGGACACAGGUAGAAGCUGAUCCACUAACAGAUUUUGCUCGAGGAUAUGAGGAUUACCUGCAGUGCCCUCUACAACCUUUAAUGGACAAUUUAGAGUCUCAGACGUAUGAAGUAUUUGAGAAAGAUCCUGUUAAAUAUCGAGAGUAUGAACGGGCAAUGUACUUGGCCAUCUCUGACAGGGUUCCUGAGGAAGAGAAGGAUACCAAAGAAAUAGUGCUAAUGGUGGUAGGGGCUGGCCGGGGACCCUUGGUGAGGCGAGCACUGGCAGCAGCCCGGGCAGCUCAGAGGAUGAUCAAGGUGUAUGCUGUCGAGAAGAAUCCCAAUGCUGUUGUAACACUCCAGGCCCAGCAGGAUGAGGACUGGGGAGACCAGGUGACGGUGGUGUCGUGUGACAUGAGGGAGUGGGAUGCACCAGAGAAGGCUGACAUUAUCGUGUCUGAGUUGUUAGGCUCAUUUGGUGACAAUGAACUCUCACCAGAAUGUCUGGAUGGUGCACAAAAAUUCCUCAAAGAGGACGGCAUCAGCAUUCCCAGCAGCUACACGUCCUACCUGAGUCCCCUUCAGUCUCCCAAGCUGUACAACGAGAUCAGAAAUUGCCGGGAGAAGGACAAGCACUUCCUGGCUCACUUUGAGACUCCAUAUGUUGUUUAUCUUCACAAUAAGAAAGAACUGGCCCCCUCACAACCUCUCUUUACUUUUAGUCAUCCAAAUAAAGCCAAAGUGAUCGACAACACCCGGUACAAGUCACUGCAGUUCCAGAUCACAGAGGAUAAUGUUGUCCAUGGCUUUGGAGGUUACUUUGAGGCCUUCUUAUAUAAGGAUAUUAUGUUGAGCAUCAAGCCUGAGACACAUUCGCAGGGCAUGUUCUCUUGGUUCCCUAUACUCUUCCCUCUCAGAGAACCAGUAGGAGUGCAUCAGGGGGACAUCAUGGAGGUGCACUUCUGGCGGUGUACGAACAGGAAGAACGUGUGGUACGAGUGGUGCAUCACUGCUCCUCAGAUCAUCUCUAUCCACAACCCGAAUGGACGUGCCUACACCAUUGGGCUAUAACAGCUCAUGUAUUAGGAGUUUAUUUUCAACAUUUAUUUGAUGUUGCUCUAUGGAAUCUGAAGUGUGAUAAUAGCUGCUUAUUGCACUUGUAGCUUUAAAAUCACUAAAUUUCCCAACAACUGCAAAAUUGCCAUUGAAGCAUAACAAUUCAAGGCACUGAAAGGACCCAAGUACUAGCAUCUUUUUCAACAAGCUUUUCUAAAUACUCAUGUUCAUGUAUAGGAAUGCCUACCGGUGUGUGUUGUGGGUGAGUAAAGCCUCUCGUUGGUGCAGCAGGUCUGGUACAGUGAGGCUGCAUGGUGCCAUCCAGCAACAGUAUCUCACAGUUGGUUUUAGACAGUGUUACUGUCCACAGUUUUUCCUUCAGGUUGUAAGUAUUCUUUUUUGUAUUCUCAAAAACUGCAUUUAACAUGAUUUGUUUAUUGUUUGUGUUUGUUUGUUUUAUUUUCCAUGUUACAUAUUAUAUGGGUACUUUACCAAAACAUGUCUUUGGUAUAUUACAUAUAAUUACUAAAUUUUCACUGAAGCAUAAUGGCAAUAUAAAAAACAAAUGUCUUUUAUAGUGUGUUUUCUAUUUCCAUAUUUUGAGGAGAGUAACUGAAUGUUGUGUUUGUGUGAUGGAAAACCAUCUCCUUGUGCUCACUGCAAACUGGUAAUGUUGGUGAGUGAAGCUGCUGCAACACUCUUAGUGGUGAGUGAAGCUGCCGCAGCACACUUUCUGGUGGGAGAAGCUGCUGCAGCACACUUUCUGGUGGAAGUUGCCACUCCUCACUCAAUGUUUGGCUCUCUACACUUUUUUUUUUUUUCUCCAUCUUUCAAUGUGUUCCUAAACUUUUCUUUGGUAUUAAAAUUGUGCCUAUUAUUUGGUAUACUCUAUAAAGUUUAUUAAUGUUAAAUGUGUAGAAAAUAUCAGUUUGUCUAUUGAAGGGUUUUCCAUAUUACUAUUAUUUAGGUAAUUAAGUUAAUUUUGGUUGUAAUAUCAAAUCAAGAAAAUUGUUUAAUCCCAUUGGUUGAACAGACCAAAAUGUGAUGGAAAGUGAUCUUAUACCAUAUGAAGACUGGGUGUCACUUUAACCAAUUACUGUGUUUGAAAUGAAAGCAAUAUUUGUUAUUAUACGAAUUUAUCCAAUCCUUUUCUGCACAUCCAAGGAGGUGUCUUAUUUUCACAAAUAAAGAAACUAAAGGCCUUAUUUUUCAAACAUUACUGACAACCUUUGCUUCUCCUUUGAAAUUUGAGAAGCUUCUUUCCUCCUAAUGUACAAAAAUAUAUUUUAAGACAAUAAAAAUAUAAUUACA